AGGUGGGCUGACCCCUGCGGUUCUCAUAUACCUGUCAAAGUUGGUUUUUACGUCCUCAUCACCGAUUUUGUUCAACAAUGUCGCAAGCAGGUGAACAGAAGGGCACUCCUCUGACAUUGGUGCUCAUGGUUGCCUCUGCGGCCAUCGGAGGAACGCUUCAGUAUGGCUACAACCUUGCAAUAAUGAAUGCUCCUACAACUUUUAUUCAAGCUUUUAUCAAUGAAACAUUCUGGGACCGCUGGGAGCUACGUUUGGAGGAAUACCAGGUGACGCUGGUGUGGACAAUCAUUGUCUCGAUCUUCUCAUUGGGGGGGUUUGCUGGAGCACUUAUUGCCGGACCCAUGACCAUACGCUUUGGAAGGAAGAAAUGCAUGCUGCUGAACAACAUCUUUCUGAUGAGUGGGGCUGUCUUAGCACUGACGAGCAGAGCUGCCAGGUCAUUUGAGAUGAUCCUACUCUCACGUGUCCUUGUUGGAAUAAAUGCAGGAAUCAGCAUGAAUGUGCAGCCCAUGUAUUUUGGAGAAAGCGCACCAAAGAACUUAAGAGGGGCAAUUUCCUUGUCAUCAGCUGUUUUCACAGCAUUCGGCGUUGUGUUAGGGCAGGUGGUUGGACUCAAGGAGAUUUUGGGCAGUGAGUCCUGUUGGCAGUACCUACUUGCCAGUAAUGCCAUUCCCGGCUUCAUUCAGCUUCUGACCCUUCCGUGGUUCCCAGAGAGUCCCAGAUACCUGCUUAUCGACAAAGGAGACAAGGAGGCUUGUAUUAAUGCCCUUCGGCGUUUGCGAGGAUGUGAGGUCCAAAGCAGCGAGCUGGAUGAGAUCUUGCAGGAACAGGCUGAAACCAAAGGCAUGAGACCGAAGCGGCCCUGGGAGCUUUUCACCGAUCGCUCCGUGCGGUGGCAGCUCAUAUCUGUCAUGAUAAUCAGCAGUGCCAUGCAGCUCUGUGGUAAUGACUCGAUUUACUUCUAUGCAUCGUAUGUGUUUAAAGAGGCUGGAAUCUCUGAUGAUAAAAUCCAGUAUGUGACAAUUGGCACUGGGACAUGUGAAUUCACGGCAUGUAUAAUGUGUAACCUGCUGAUUGAGAGAAAAGGCCGGAAGUUCAUGUUAGCAGGAGGGUUCAUCCUCAUGACCAUGUGGGCCAUCGUCUUCACAAUCGCUCUGUCCUUAGAGACGUCUGUCCCCUGGAUGUCCUACCUGAGCAUGGGCUGCAUCUUCACCUACAUUCUCAGCUUUGGCAUGGGACCAGCUGGAGUGACCGGCAUUCUUCCCACAGAGAUCUUCAACCAGACCGCUCGGCCAGCAGCCUACAUGAUUGCUGGCUCCAUGAUGUGGCUCAACCUGUUCAUUAUUGGAAUGAUCUUCCCGUUCAUAGUGAGUGGAUUGAGUGAAUACUGUUUUGUGCCCUUCGGAACCGUGUGCCUGUUGUCUGCGCUGUACAUUGUCUUGUUCCUGCCUGAGACCAAGGGGAAGUCUCUAUCAGUCAUCACAAGUGAAUUCCACAAGCUCAACUUCAAAGGCCAGGACAGAAGUUUGGAAUCACUACCCAAAGCUCAGUAUCAGCUGGGAGAACUGCAGUACUGGAGGCUUUACCUGUUGUCUGUUGUCCUGGGAAUUGGCGGGUCCUUUCAAUAUGGAAUCCAAGUUUCUCUCAUUGCUUCUCCUGCAGAGCAUAUUCACAGUUUUGUGAACCACACAUGGAUUCUGAGGUAUGGCUCUCCAGUGAGUGAAUCCACUAACCAGUUGAUCUGGUCCUUCAUCGUGGCUGUGUUGAGUCUGGGAGCUUGGGCCGGAGCCAUUCACAGCGGCAGCCUUCCUGUCACGUAUGGCCGAAAAAAAGCUCUUCUGAUUAACAACGGCGUGGCGAUCAUCGCUGCCCUGCUCAUGGUUUUCAGUCAAAUGGCCAAGUCUUUUGAGAUGAUCUUGCUGGGAAGGUUUCUCUAUGGAUAUAAUGUUGGCCUCGGCCUCAGCGUUCAUCUCAUGUAUCUCGGAGAGAGUUCACCAAAGCAGCUUAGAGGUUUCCUGACCCUCACAACCUCCAUCUUCAUUGGUUUGGGAAAAGUCACGGGCCAGAUCAUUGGUAUCAAGGAGAUAAUGGGAACAGAAGAAAUGUGGCCAUACCUCUUAGCCAUCAGCGGUAUUCCUGCCAUCCUGCAGUUUGUGAUGCUCUUUCUCUUCCCCGAGUCGCCUCGAUACCUUUACAUUGACAAAGGUGACAUCGAAGGCAGCAGAAAUGCUCUGCAGUGGCUGUGGCAGGAGAACAACCUGAAGAUGGAGCUGGACGACAUGCAGGAAGAAAGAGAGCGCGCGCAGGGGGAGAAGGCGAAGACGGUGAAGGACGUGCUCUGCUCACGCAGCGUGCGCUGGCAGCUGCUGACUCUCGCCAUCCCCUGUGCCGGGGUUCAGUUUUGUGGCAUCAAUGCUCUGUACUUCUACGCUUUUGACAUCUUCCGUGAGUCGGGGGUGCCAGAAGACAAGAAGCACUACUUGGCUAUUGGUAUUGGAGCAACGGAGCUCAUCACCAUCACACUGUGUUCCUUUUUGAUAGAUCGCGCAGGCAGGAAGAAGCUGAUGGGCAUUGGCUAUCUGCUGAUGGCCGCCACUAUGUGUGUACUGACCGUCACGCUGUCCUUCAAGGACGUGAACCCACAUAUCCCCUAUGUGAACAUCGGCCUGAUCUUUUGUGUCAUUUGUAUUUAUGGACUCGGGCCUUCUGGUGUGUCCAUGGCUCUGCCGGCUGACCUCUUCCUACAAGCCUGGCGUCCGUCGGCCUAUGUGAUCAGUGGGACCAUCAACUGGCUGGGCAUGUUCCUGGUUGGGAUGCUGUUCGGCUAUGUCGUGGACGGACUUGGGCAGUUCUGCUUCCUGAUUUUUGUGGUUUACUCAGUUUUCAGUGCAGGAUUUAUACUGUAUUUUGUCCCAGAGACCAAAGGAAAGAGUAUGGUGGAAAUUAUGGAGGAUUUUAACAAACUGAACUACAAGAGCAGAGGAGAAAACUUUGAGAGCACUGAUGUAGCAACUAAAUUAUAACUUUUAAAACCUUUUUUUAAAAAUUAUUUGUUAGAGAAAUGAUAAAACAAUAGACAAAUAGAUCCAUAACACAACUGGAUAGCACAAAUAUUCUGCUGACAUUAACAGUCUUCAGCUUGUGAAUAUAUUACAUGUAAUAUAUUGCAAUAAACUUUUUUUUCCUCCAC